UAUGGAAAACUCGGAGAAACAAGAUUCGCGGCUUAGAAAGUUUUAGACGCACCAACCAUUUCGCAUUGAAUACAAUGCAUCUAGAUGCAACAGAAUUCCCCGCUAAGUAUAGUAGCCACGUUACACGAUGGAGUUUAUUGAUACAUAUGAAGAAAGUGACAAAUUAACUAUUAUGCCACUGGGAGCUGGUCAAGAAGUUGGGAGAUCAUGCAUUCUGUUGACUUUCAAAGGCAAGAAGAUAAUCGUAAAACGUGUUUUUUUGAAUUAUUUAGUCUUUAGUUGGACUGUGGUAUUCAUCCUGGUUUGCGCAAUAGAGAGAGCCUUCCAUUUAUUGAUGCUAUUCCGGAUAUCGAAACAACAGACCUCAUUUUAAUCAGCCACUUCCAUCUUGACCACUGUGGUGGACUUCCUCAUUUACUUUUAAAGACUGGAACUAAGUCAAAGUGUUAUAUGACACAUGCAACAAAAGCCAUUUAUCGUUAUUUGUUGGCUGACUUUGUUCGUGUUAGUAAUUCUUCCGGCUUACCAGAUCAGUCACUCUAUACCGAUCGAGAUAUCGUGGCUAGCUUGGACCAUAUUGAUACCGUAGAUUUUCAUCAGGAACUUGAAGUCAAUGGGAUAAAAUUUACUGCUUACCAUGCUGGACACGUAUUAGGUGCAGCCAUGUUUCUAAUAGAAAUUGCUGGUGUAAAAAUUUUAUACACAGGAGAUUUCAGUAGACAAGAAGAUAGACAUUUAAUGUGUGCUGAGGUCCCUCCCGUGCGACCAGAUGUUUUAAUAACUGAAGCCACUUAUGGUAUUCACAUACAUGACAAACGCGAAGAGAGAGAAGCUAGGUUUACUAGCUUGGUACAUGAUAUUGUCUCUCGUGGUGGACGUUGCCUAAUCCCAGCAUUUGCACUUGGAAGAGCUCAGGAAUUAAUGCUUAUUCUUGAUGAAUAUUGGGAAAAUCAUCCAGAACUACAUGAUAUACCCAUUUACUAUGCUAGUCAACUUGCACGAAAAUGUAUGGCAGUGUACCAAACAUACAUUUAUGCUAUGAAUGAGAAAAUUCGUAAUCAACUGGCUAAUAACAACCCAUUUUGCUUUCGCCACAUAUCCAAUUUGAAGAGUAUUGAACACUUUGAUGAUUCUGGUCCGUGUGUAGUUAUGGCCAGUCCAGGGAUGAUGCAACCUGGUUUGAGUCGGGAGUUAUUUGAAAAUUGGUGCACAGAUAAACGUAAUGGUGUUAUUAUUGCUGGAUAUUGUGUUGAGGGUACUUUGGCUAAACAAAUCUUGUCUUUACCGGCUGAGGUGCCUACAAUGUCGGGUCAGAUGCUACCAUUAAAGUGUUCGGUGGAUUAUAUCAGUUUCUCAGCUCACACGGACUAUCAACAGACUAGUGAAUUUAUCAGAGAGCUUAAACCAAGUUAUAUUGUGUUAGUACAUGGUGAACAGAAUGAAAUGCUCAGAUUGUGUGGUGCAUUACAACGUGAGUACGAAGAUGAUGAAACGUGCAGACUAGAAAUAUUCACACCUAAAAAUUGUGUUCCAGUUAAUCUACGUUUUCGUGGUGAAAAGGUCGCCAAAAUUCUGGGCAGUCUUGCUCACAGUGCUCCUAAAAAAGGUCAUACUAUUUCAGGUGUUCUUGUAAAAAAGAAUUUUGCUUAUCAUAUCUUGACACCUGGAGAAUUACCCACUUACACUGAGCUAGCUACAACUAUUGUAAAUCAAGUUAUUUCAAUUCCAUUCACUGGAAGUGCUAGUCUUUUAAAAUUUCACUUGGCUCUACUUGCUGGCACCGUAGAACUUGUAUCACAAAAACCUGAUAGCGUACACUAUUGUGUAUUUGAUGCUAUCAAUAUCACUUGGAAACCACAACAGAUCACUAUGGAGUGGCAAUCCAAUCCUAUAAAUGACAUGUAUGCAGAUUCUGUACAGAAUUUGAUAUUACGGGCUGCUAUGCAAGGAAUGCCUCCUAGAGGUCUACCUCAUUUUAUUGAAGUGAGGAGAGAACGAUUUCGUUCUGCUCUUGAAUUAACUCUACAAGAUACAUUUGGAAUUGAUUGUUUAGAAGAAGACAAAAUUGAACCAGAUGCUAAUCAUGUACUUGUACAUGUGGAUUCACAUGUGGGUGAAAUCAAUCUAUGCGAUAUGUCUGUAUCGUGUAAAACCAAUCCAAAAUUGGAGCAUAUUCUUCAAGUUAUGGUCAACCGAUUGAAUCAUUCUAUUGAAGCGAUGUGAAUAUGAUCAUUAUUACUUGAGUCAGGUGAUAAUCACCUGAAUGUUUUGUAAAUUAUCACACACUUUUAUACCUCUUUUAUUGAGUAAAUAAAAAAUUUCCUCUUUGAAUAUUUCUUCUUUAUAUUUUCUAACAGUAUUGUCUCCAAAAACCCAAGUACACCCUGUCGUUUAUAUUAUUAAAUUCUAUAAUACAGAAAUGUUGUUUAAUGCACUAGUUAGGUGAUCGUGUUUCUAGUUCGUUUUUUUUGUACAGCAUCGUGUACUAUGUGCCUUACCUUUUUUUCUCUUCAUCUCCACGAUAUGCUCACUGGUAGUUGGAUAGAUAAUUAAAAAUAUACGUGAAUACAUUAAGACAAUAAGAAUAAGCGAAAUUAUGAUGUAGUGUGUUGAAUAAAAUUCAGUUAGCUCAGUGAUGAUUCAGUCAGGCCGCCAAGGCUAGAUACAAUCUGGAAGCAUUUCAUUUACUGAUUAUAAGAAGUGUACUUUUCUGAAGUUAGACAACUUCAACCUUGAAGCAUUUUUCUUCAAAGCUCUAUGUUGAUGCGUCUAGUUAAACUAGUCUAUAAAGCUUACUUUUGUGUACACAAAUUAAAAAGUGAACAACACAUUAACUUAUGAAAUGGAAGUCAAGUCCAGUAUUUAUAUUUUGAAAUUUUCUUAAGAAUGUAAAUCCGUAAACUAUGUUUCAAAACUGUAAUUACAUCAAAAAUAGUAUAAUGUGUUGUCAUAGUAACAGAAAU